GAUAAAGGCUUUAAAGCUAUGAUUUAAUUUAAUCCUGGUGCGUGAAGAGCCACGCAGUAGGCUUCAGAGCCACAAGCAACGCAACUGUAUUGUUUUUCAAAAACGCGAAUGAACGAAAAAAAGAUGAACAGGGAGGGAGAGAGGAAAAAGAUGAACAGGACAGGACCUCGUCGCUAAAACCCCAGCGCAGCGGCGCGGGAGCAGAUGCACCUUGCCCUUCUCAUCUCCCGCAUUCGCCUCUUGCCGACCGCCAUGCCCAGCACCCGUUCCGCCUCCGCCUCCAGGCUGCUGGUCCGCGCUGACAACAGCCCAGUUGCACGAGAAAUCAAACGUGAAUCCAGUGUUUCUUUGGACACUCCCAAGCCCGAAGCAACUGUCUCUGUUAAGCGGAGAAGGGUGAAGCGAGAACUUGAAGUAAAUGGGCAGCAUCAUAAGAAGCAGGUCCCUGACAUUGAGGAUUUUAUAUACGAAAAGGCCAAAACAUUGACAUCGUCAAGUAAGGCAACAACAUCUUUGGUCAAGGUGGAGAAAAAGGUUGGAGUUUCUUCAGUUAUAAAAGUAGUCAUUUGCGCAGUUGGAGCUCCAGAUAACUGGGAGGCAGUUCUUGGAGGCAUUAAAAGCAUGAGGUUAUCUGGUGAAGCCCCCGUAGAUACGAAGGGCUGUGAAAAAGCUGGUUCUCUCCUUCCACCCAAGGAAAGAAGAUUUGCAGUUCUGAUAUCAACUAUGAUGUCAAGCCAGACAAAAGAUGAAGUUACACAUGCUGCUGUGGAACGCCUCUCUGAAAACGGUUUACUUGAUCCGGAUGCUAUAGUGAGGACUGAUGAGACCACGCUUGCGAAUCUUAUCAAACCUGUCGGAUUCUAUCAGCGAAAGGCGCAGUUCAUAAAAGAAGCUUCUAAAAUUUGUCUUGAGCGCUUUGGAGGGGAUAUUCCGGAUUCUCUGAAUGAACUGCUUGCUCUGAGGGGAGUUGGCCCUAAAAUGGCUCAUUUGGUGAUGAGCAUUGCUUGGAAGAAUACUCAAGGAAUCUGUGUUGACACUCAUGUGCAUCGCAUUUCUAACCGACUUGGGUGGGUUUUUCGGGAAGGGACAAGACAGAAAACUACGACACCAGAACAGACAAGAAUUUCUCUAGAGAAAUGGCUACCCAAGGAUGAGUGGGAACCUAUAAAUCCAUUACUGGUUGGAUUUGGGCAAACUAUCUGUACUCCACUGAGGCCCAAAUGCGAUAAGUGUGGCAUCAACAACAUUUGCCCUUCUGCUUUUAAGGAAUCAUCAAGCCCAAUUCCAAAGCAAAAGAAAACAAGGUCUCCAUAGAACUCUGACUGUGACUUGUCUGGCACCGACGUGAGAUAAUAUUUUGGGUUGUCCGUCGGUGGUAAAUAUUAUGGGGUUUCCUUUUGGUCAGUUAUUGUUGGAUCACCUUGGUGCCGUACCAUUGGCAUUUGGCAAUGGCAAGUCAUGUAUAUCAUUUUGUAUACCGGUAAAUUGUUCAAGACGGUAUGAAGACACGCUUGUCUACCAGUUACUGUAACAAGCGAAAUUUUCAUGUGCCAAAUGACACAUGAUUCAUGAAAGGUGGGUGCAAUGAGAAAAUUCUCUUGCGUGCACCAAAGUCUA